CUCCUACAUUGUCAUUCUUACCUAAAGUCAAUGUGUCCCGUUAACGAAACAAUAAUUGAGACUAAAGCUGGGGUAAAAUACCAGUAAAAAAGAUGGAGAAUAGAACAGAGUGGCCAUUAAAGCAUGUACAGCCUCCUAGAGUUUCAUUUCGACAUCAAUUGUCAAAGUCCAGUGCUGAUGCACCUUCCCUUCGUGUUCAAUGGUUUUAUGCGAUAGAUCGACCUGUAAGAAAAUCCAAAAAAGGAAGUCUAGAAGCUAAAAAAUCAAAAAGUUUUAAACCUUUUUCCGUCGAAGACUCUGACCGAAUAGAAGCUGCCUACCAAAACACAGAAGACACGGAUGGUCAAUCGGAAACAAUAAGGGUAAACGAGGAUUAUCUUUAUGCUGUGAAUGUAAUAUCGAGGGAAGUAUUUCCAAUCUAUUGGGAUGGGCCUGUCUUUCGUAUUUUAAGAGGAACCUGGUUCUAUGCUAGAGGCGACAAAUUAUAUCCGUGUGAGGAGAAUUUGGCCAUUCAAGUUGAGGAAGGAUACUUAAAUAUAUGUCCUUAUCGUGAAAAAGUUGAAGAAAAAGAUGAUCACAGUAUGUCAGCUCAAGGCAAAACCUGGGCUUUACUUGGAAAAUAUACUGGAGCAUUUAUUGAAUAUUCGGGAGAUAGAAGCGCAAGAAUGCACUUUGGAGGAUUCUAUCGAAAUGUGUCAACAAAAUUAUUUACCAAAAUGUCUUAUUCUAGUAAUCAUCGAAGUGAUAAGCUUAUCCGAGGAUACGAUAUUUCAUCCUCUACAAUAACAGAUGCUAAAUCUACUACAAGCUCAACAGUGGAUGAUUUAAGCUCCUCUAGUACAUUGGUAAACGAUUCUUCUGAACCGAAUGAAUUACUUUCGCCUUCUCUGACUGAACCAGCAUCGGAAAUACCAACCUCGACAGAUGCUUCGCACUUAAAGUCUUCACCUGAUCGGGAAAUUAAUCACCUUAUUCUAUGUUGCCAUGGUAUUGGUCAGAAAAUGGGCGAGCGCGUGGAAACGGUAAAUUUUGUACGAGACAUCAAUGAAUUUCGGAAAACACUAAAGAAAACUUUCAAUGCUUCUCCAGAUUUGCAAGCUUUAUAUCCUAACUUCAAAGGUGGCGGAAAUGGGAUUCAAUGCCUUCCAUUAUUAUGGCGCCAGGAUAUCCACUUUGGCAUGGCACGAGACAAUAAAUCUGACAUUUCAGAGGAAGAAGAAUCAGACAGUUUUGAUGUUUCAAAAGAUCUUGCCCUUGACGAUUUGAGCGAGGAUCCUAAUCCCACUUUAGAGAGCAUUAAUAUACCGACCGUUGUAGGAUUGAGAAGCAUAAUUUCUGAUGUUUUACUAGACGUGUUACUCUACUGUCAACCAAAAUAUAGAGAGAGGAUUUUAGUUGCUGUUGUUAAACGUCUUAAUCGUCUUUAUCGUUUAUAUGUGAAACAUAAUCCCUCGUUUCAGGGUCAGGUUUCUUUGUUAGGUCAUUCCUUAGGCGCCUUGAUUUUAUUCGACAUAGUCCGUUUCCAAGGAAACAUAAGGUAUCCGCGGCUUCAGCUCGAUUUUCCUGUAAAUAAUUUUUUUACCCUCGGCAGUCCUCUUGGCCUUUUUCAGAUGUUAAAUGGAAAGCGGAUUGCAGGCCAGAUACCUCGGUCUACGAUUACGAGAAGUGUUAGCUAUUCAGAAAGCAACUUUGACUCAUCAGUUUCUGUUCUCAGCUGCAAGAAUUUUUACAAUAUAUUUCAUCCAACUGAUCCGAUUAGCUAUCGCGUUGAACCUCUUAUAGUGAAAAAAAUGGCACAUUUAAAGCCUCAGAGUAUUCCGCAUUUUAGACCCUUAAGUCAUGACAGUAGCUCUGGUGUUGGUCACAGACUUGCGGAUGGUGCAUUAAAUGUGUUAUCUGGAUUACGUUCCGGUAUCGCAAAUACUUUGAUUUUGAAAUCUUUGAGCUAUGCAUCAGUGUUUAAUGAAGCCACUUCCAAUCAAAAAGUCCACGUUGUUGAAGAAGGCAAUCAAGCAUAUCAAAUUGAUGAAAGAAUGUAUCGUUUAAACAAAACUGGCCGCGUUGACUUUAUGUUACAAGAAGGAUCCUUAGACACAUCCUAUAGUUACGUUUCUGCAAUGAAUGCGCAUUCGAAUUACUGGAAAAACGCUGAUUUGGCCCAUUUUAUAUUAACUCAAUUACUUUAAUUUAUUCACCUGCUAUGUUAACUUGUCGAUGCUGUUAAUGAUCGAGCUUCAUUAUAUAUAUGGUAUUUUUGGUUAAGUUUAUUUAUGAAGAAGCAUUGCUCGAUGGCUACGAGUUAAGCUACUGAACGAAAUAUUUUUUUAGUUCUAAAAUUUUUAAUCUAUUUAUUUUAAUCCUUUAUUUAUAAAGCCU